AUGGGCAGAUGGGUGUCCCGGAGGCGAGUCCAGGGCUUGGGGGCCAGGAGGCUCUCCCCAGCACCUCUUAGCCACCUGGCACGGGUGGACGAGGCACACCUGGUGACUCGGGGCUGGGAGAUUUGCCAAGAACUGGACACGGAGGGCAGUGAAGGCAGGAGGAGACUGCAGGGCAGCGAGAAAGUUCAGGCUGCCAGUGUAGAAUUUCUAAGCCACAGUUUUGGCGCCACGGCAACUGGGGGAAAUAAACACUGUCCAAGUUGUGCGGUGACAUCAUCCCCAGCUCCGGCCUUCUGGGCUCGUGGCUGGCUGUACCCCAGACAGCCUCAGCUCACAAGCUGGGGGACCGUGUGGCUUCCCAGCCCCCACACAGGCUCUGGAGUGGGGGAGAGGGAGGGGACACGGGCCUGGGCAGGGACUCCUGGAAAAGGCCCCCCCAGACCUAGCUUCUUGCCUGCCCCUGGGAUCUCACAGUGGUACUACUGCUCGCUCCUGGGCCCCAGCCUGAAACUGCCCAAAGGGGCCGCGAACUCCGUGCUCUACGGGCAGCACCCAGAGAAGGCGGUACAGGCGCCCUCCCAGCAGGAGGUAAAGCAGGCCCCUGCGGUCACAGCCAGGAUCUAAGGUCCGGGGCCUGCCAAGUACCUCCGACCAUCCUGCACAGGCUACAUAGACCAUGGCAUCUCCAUGUCAGAGCCAGCCUAGUCCCUGCAUGCCCGGCACUUGGAGAAGCGAAUCACAGACACAUGCAACCCUGGGACUUGCUACUUCUUGGAGCCUAAAAUAACUCGGUCUGGAAUGUUCAGCUGCCCUCAGGUCCCCGUGGAGAAACGCAUCUCUAACCUGAGCCUGAGCCCCACCCCAGCCCCCUGCCACUACAACUUGGAGAAGACCCAGCCACCCGGGGAACGCAGGGCUCCCCGGUACACCUUUGGCUAUCGGUGUCCAUACAGAGUGAUGGACCCCAGUCCAGCCCCCAAUAAGUACCAGCUGCCACUAUUGCUGGGGCCCAACAUCCCUGUCAGCCAUGCUGCUCCUUGCUACAGUUUGGCCUCCAAGGACAAGAACUGGUUCUACGAGGAGAACGUGGCAGGAGGCCCUGGGCCUGCCAUGCGCGCCCGGCCUGAGCCAUCUGUCUACCAGAACCGCAGCCUCUGCAGCAUGACCAAGUGCUUCGCCUACCCGGUGGGCCACACGCUGCGGCCUGGUCCUGCCUCCCACGAUGUCCAGCGGGUCACAGUGCACAAGCCCCGGGUACCCGCUUUCACUCUGGGCAUCAAGCACUCACCCUGCCUGUGCCCGCUGGUCAUUGACAUUCAUGACUGAGGCCCCUCCUGGGGCACUCACCCACCUUUUCCCACCAAAGUUAUUUUUCUA